ACAGAUUCCGUUGACAUUGCUGAGGAGGAGGAGGAGGGGAAGGACUGGCGUUACCAAACCUGAAGGUUCUAAUUGAAGGGAGCCGCGAUAAAGUGGCAGCCCGCUUCUGAGCUGUGUUGUCCGGACUGAGUGGAGUCAUGUAUCGGCGGCCGCUGCAGUCUGCCGUCAGAAACUACAUGAACGUGUCCGCCUCCAGAGCUAACUACAGAAAGGUGUUAAGUCAAGAAGCGUCUUUUGCUCGAGCUUUGGCAGCUUGCCACCUGGCCAGAGUCCCCUCCCCCUGUCUAACACCAUGUCGCUCACUGCACAUGAACACACAGCUCUACAGCGUGAAGGAGACGCCCCAGCACACAGAGGAAGAAGUCGGGGCCUUCACAAAGCUCAUUGAGGCCAUGGGCUUCACUGGACCUCUUAAAUACAACAAAUGGAAAAUCAAGAUUGCUGCCUUGCGGAUGUACACAUGCUGUGUAGAGAGAAUCAAUUAUGACGAGUUCUUUGAAAAAUGCUCCCUCCCUGACACACUCAACUCCUGGUUCUUGGUAGCCCAGUUGCACGUCUGGAUGUGUUUGGUUCGAAUGCGUCAGGAGGGCAGAGCAGGGAAGUACAUGUGCCGUUACAUUGUGCACUCCAUGUGGGAGGAUGUCGAGCAGAGGAGCAAGAUCUUGGGGAUUGAUGCCAUCCACAGAAAGGAAGCAACAAAAGCAAUGACAGAGACAUUCUAUGCAGCAAUUUUUGGAUAUGAUGAGGGAAUCCUGUCUGAUGACUGUGUCCUGGCUGCAGCUCUGUGGAGAAACUUGUUUAACCGUGACUGUGAAGACCCCAAACAGCUCGAGUUAAUGGUGGAGUACGUUCGCAAACAGAUGCAGUACAUCGAUGCUCUGGAUGGAGAGGACCUGCUGCUGACUGGAGAGGUGAAGUGGCGCCCUCUGGUGGAGGAGAAUGCUCAGAGCAUCCUGAAGGUGGUCACACCCACGUAUAACGACACGGGACUGUGAGGCGAAGAGACGGACUCCUGUUUCCUCUCAUCCAAAGUCCCCGUCCUUUGACCUCUUCUCUCCCCUCGCUCUCCUUUAUUCCUUUUUUUUUUUUUUUUUUCUUUUCCCCUCUUUCUUCCCCUUCGGUAAUGUACCCGCUCCCUUGUGUCAUGCUGUACUCUGUCAUAUAAGGAAGGAUUUUAAAUUUGACAGUCUGUUGCUGUCCUUUUCUCCAUCCUUUGUCUUUUUCUUCUCUCUCAUAUACCCAAACCCAGUUUUUCCUCCUCUGUUCUUCAGAGUUCUGUUUCUGGAGGUCCAGUAUAGUCAGGAUAGACAGUCAGGGAUCUUUAUCACACACAAAUCUUCUAUUAAAUCCAUAAAUUCAUGAAACAAGCCAGCCAAAAACCAGGAAAUGCCAUUUAUCAUCAUCCUAAAGUGUUUCCUGUCGGUUUUGAGAGCCUUCUUAAACUAUUGAAGCUUCUAUUGAGGGACGAACACACAAGAGAACAAGACACUGUAUUUAUAUUUUCUUGUUUUUUCCAGAAAUGCCACUCUGUAUUUGUAAAAUAUUUUGUAUAUCUCCAUGUUUACGCUCUUCUUCUGUCCUUCACUGUACGUUACAACAAGUUUUACUCUGAAUAAUGAAGUAAGGUGAAAUGAUGAACAAACGAAAGACUUAAGUCUAUCUUUGUAAGGGAAUUUUUCAGCUGUUUGUCUCUCUCUCUCUGUUUUUUUCCCAUGAUGCUCUCAGACCCGAACAGGAAGCUUGUACGUUGUCACUGCUUUAAAAAUAAAAAUAAGAUUUGUUUUUGUUUUUAAAAAGACAAUAAAAUGUUCUCUGGAUGUAAAAUAA